AGAAGAGGUUCUCAUUUGGAUGGUUUGGCAAAUACCAUACUACUUAACCUGAAAUAGUAACAUUCUAAUUGGAAAUCCUGGYCWGWAGUGAGGAUUUUUUUGCRGACUUGCUACUGAAGUCUGUGAUCAACAAACUAUACAAAUACAAGAGAAGAAUGGCUGCAAAUCUAACUAUGAACCCUACAAUGCGCCCUCAAGUUCCUUCGCCUCCUUGUAACCCAACUCUUGACUUAGUGUUCUGGGUUCUGGAUGGAGCGAUUGGUGUCGUUAUUCUGACCGGGAAUGUAUUUACAUGUCUUGUUUUCCUUUCCAAGCGAAGUCUUCGUCAAAAUUUCAUGAAUGUGUUUCUACUAAGCUUAGCCUGCGCGGACACGUUAAUGGCGCUCUUUGUAGUGCCGUGGUUUGGUGCUUUUUGUGAAGGAACAGCCUGCACGUACACUCUUUCUCAGUAUUGCAAAUGGUUUGGCAUGUUAAGAGAUAUCCCCUUUGAGGGAGUGGUCUUGAAUCUAGUAGCCAUCACUUACGAUAGGCACCUUGCUGUGUUUAGACCGCUGGUUUAUGCUGCCAAGAUGACAAGACGCAGGGUAGUGUUCAUUCUCURAAUYGUAUGGGUUCUGCCAGUAGCUACAGGUCUUAUUCGCAUGACAUGGACAUUCAGUGACAAAAURUCGUCCCAAAAAAAGGCCAYCAUGGACCGCUCGUUUAACAUUUUUUUGAUCUUUGUGUUCGUACUGAUACCAAUUUUUGCCGUUUUUAUAGUAAAUAUUAUGAUKAUGACCGCCAUACAGAAGCACAAUAAUCGAGUAGCACCAGRGGAAGCAAGUAGGAGCCAUAGUGAAACCUCUGAAUCAGAGAGAAGGGAAAGAAUAAGAAAACGAAAGGGAACCAUGUCGUGCGUCCUCGUUGUAGUUGUCUUCUUUAUUUGUUGGCURCCAAGAAUUGUUUACAACCUCUUCUUCCUUGCUAGGGUACCACAGUUGGCGUCUCUUACUUAUGUCAAGAUUUCUUUGUUUUUUCUUCUUUUCCAAAGCUCAGUGAAUCCAUUCAUUUAUUCGUUCUARCGAGCAGAGUUCAGGCAAGCCGCUUAUGAACUAUUGAGGUUACGAUAAAACGCCGAACACUUCGUUGAUUUUACGAGUGUACAAKUCCUUGGAAUCAAAGACGAAACGAUGAGGUCUCUCAAUUAAACUUUCGACACCGAUGUUUUCUAAACAUACUCUCUUUAGGGGGUCAACAAAUAUCCGAAAUGCGGCUAYCAUGAAGGAGGAUUGGGAUUAUAAAGCAAAACAACACUUUGCUAAAMACAGAUAUAAUAAUCAACAAAAGAACUAUAACUGAUUGUCAAGUAUCUUCACAGAAAACUCAAGCUGUACUUUAUAAUAACAUGAAAAUAUAUCCUCGAAACUCCUGCAGUASGUGGAUCUUGCAUCAAGUCGAGAUAUUCUAUAGAGAUGGUUUUUAAAUAAUUAAUGCAAAACUUACAAGUGAUAUCUGCAGWAGAGGAGCCUUGACAGUGAUAACGCUUCAAGUGAACAAGAUUUGUUAUUUCUAGGACUUAUUUUCUCACUAAAAAAGAACUGUCAAUGCAUAUCACGAACGAUAAAGUCUGACAAGUGCACACUGAACACUUUGAGGAAAAUCUCAAAAUUAUUUAAAGAACUCUUAAAUUSUUUAUUGAAUAAGGCAAGUAUAAUGCAUGCAUGAAGUAAUGAAAUUUUUACAAAAUUUACAUCCCUACAAUCCAUAAUUCUCGGCCAAGGUAACUAAUAAAAUAACGAAUAAAAUAAUAAAAUAAUCUCAAAACUACUGAAAAAAAUCAUGUAUUGUUUUUAAAUAAGCAAAUCUUAAUAAA